AUGUCGACAAACGGUUUCGUUGCUCUUUGUCUGAUUGGGCUCUAUACUAUGUACACCAUAUCGUGUCUCAUUCGAAACAUCAUCAUUGCCAAGACUAUUGGUAUUCCGGUUGUCUGGAGCCCCAUAAGCCCCUUCAACCCAUUCUGGAUCAUCUUCAACAAACGAGUUGCACCAAUCUUUCAGCGCCUUCCUCUAGGCCUGGGCGAUUGGACCACGUACAAUACUCUUGAUUGGACAUGGGUUGACCGGACACAUGGCAACUCUCAAGUUCAUGACAAGCAUGGCGACACCUUCGCUCACGCCACGCCGAGAGAAGUUGAGAUUCACACUCGGGAUCCUGCAGUAGCUAUUCAAGUGCUUCGGAAGCAGGCGAACGACUUUCCCAAGAUAAGCCAUUACGCCAGCAAGUACGUACUGGGCACGAGUCUGGUAUCCUCAGAUGGCCAUGAUUGGGCUCGUCACCGGAAGGCGACUGUCGCCACUCUGAGCGACAGGACCAAUCGUCUCGUGUGGGCAGAAGGCGUCCGACAGACUCAGCAAAUGAUUCAUCAUUAUCAACACACUUCACGGGGCCUAAUUUGCGAUCCUGUGGACGAUGUCCGCGAACUUUACCUUCAUGUCUUCACUAGCGUUUGUUUCGGCUUUACGUAUGACUUCAAGCAGCCCGAAAGAGACUGCAUUCCAGAAGGACACUCGCGAAGCUACAGGUACUGUCUCCACACCAGUCUCAAGGAUAUUCUCAUCCUUCGGCUGGUGCCAAGUUGGGCUAUGAGAUUUCCUUUCCUGCCACAGAGGAUUAAGAACUUCCGAGAUGCUGUGGCUGAGAUGCGGCAGUAUCUCGAUGAAAUGAUCAGUGACUGCAAAGACAAUCUUAGAGGCAGCAGGGAAAAGACGCAGAAUGACAACUUGCUGAGCUUUAUGGUAAAGAGGAACAGAGAUUUGGAAGUCGAAACUCUCAUGGAUAAAUUCAAGGAUGAUGGAUCGCAUGCCUUACUGACAGUGUCUGAGAUUCGAGGAAAUCUAUUUACCUACUCACUUGGAGGACAUGAGUCUUCUGCACAUACGCUGACGUUUGCAAUCUAUCUCCUGGCAGCUUUACCAGAGCAGCAAGCUUGGCUUAUGGAAGAGAUUGAUGAGGUUCUCGGUGGCAGGCCAGAUUGGAAGUCGCAGGAUGCUUUCAUGGAUAUUUUCCCUCGCUUGAAAAGGUGUCAAGCCGCCAUGAACGAGACACUCCGAUUGUAUCCUUCGGUCACAGUCCUUCCCAAAUGCACCGGGUCGAAAGCAACGACUUUGCUUGUUGGUAGCGAAGAUCAUCGCAUCCCAGCAAACGCCAAUGUCUUUGUCAACAUGCCUAGCAUUCAGGUACACCAACCCGUAUGGGGAACCGAUGCAAUGCACUGGAAACCUGAUCGAUGGAUCAUGACAAGCGAUCACAUGAAGGGUCUGGACAGCGAACAACUCAAAGCACCUCCUGAUGGCGCUUUUCUCCCGUGGAGCGAGGGGAAACGGGCUUGUCCGGGCAAGAGAUUCUCCCAGGUUGGCUUUGUUGCAGCACUUGCGACUCUCCUCUACAAGCACAGACUUGAAGCCAUACCCAAUGUCGAAGAAAGCCUCGAAAACGCUAGGGAAAGGAUCAUUGAAGUUGUAAACGACACUUACGCCGUCAUGACUGUCCAUAUGCACAAGCCUCUCUCUGUUAGAAUCGGGGUUCUCAAGAGAAGCUAG